UUUUCGUCGUCAAACAUUUUUCUUUUUCUGAAAACGCAUAUGGAGUCCCAUUCAGUCUCAGAGGGGAACAUCAGCAAGCAGCAGAGACACAGCAUCAACCGGAGAACCAGUCCAAAAUAAAACUCUGUAUUUGAGGGAAAACUUGAAUUUUAAGUGGUGUAAAUGGUGUACUCAGUGUGAGUUGGGAAGUGGGAGACACUUCAUUGUUAUGCUUUUGGAUAAUACUGUGAUUGAAAUUGGCAUUUGAUGUUCAAUACUCGUAUGGAAAAAAAUGCUUGGAGGGAUGGGUUUGGUUGAAUAUCGGUGAUAUUUAACAUCUAUCUUGUUUCAAGAAGAAUUUUCAGAUGGGGGUAUGAUUUAACUGGUUCUGGACAGGUGCAACGAUUAGCUAGGACGUGUUUCACUGAAUGAGGCUAUUGGCAUAGUCUUUGUUCCCUUAGUUUGGCAGGAAGACAUUUCAACAUGAAGAUAGGUUCUGCAAAAUAUUGUCUUGGAGAAAAACUUUCAUGCUUCCAGAGGUAUUCAAGAGCAAUAGGUGGUGAAAAUUUUCACCUAGUUCCAUAUAAUGUAACUGCCUUGAAUUUGAGGAUGGGCUACAAGAGGUUGACUCAGGGUCAAACUUCUAUAAGGAAGCAUCCUACAAGUUCUGCCAUCUGGAGAGCAUAUUCUAUGUCUGUUAGUUUAGAGGAAUCUUCAUCCCUACAGUCGGAAAAUUAUCCAAGUGAGAAUGAUUUUGCAACAGAGAAUUCAUCAGAAGAGCCGCUUGCCCAACCAUUAAGCAGUGAUGAGCUGAAGUCACUGCUGGCUGAUUCUGAAAGGGAAAGGCUAAUUAAAAAACUAAGUGAAGCUAAUCAACAAAAUCGAUUCCUCAAACGGCAGAUGCACAUAAAUGAGGAUGCCUUGGUUAACUUCAAAAGUGAAAUUGCUGUCAUGGAACUUGAAAUUCAGGCAUUGGUUAAAUUAGCUGAAGAAAUAGCUAAUUCUGCCAUUCCUGAAGGAUCAAGAAAGAUCAAUGGAAAGUAUAUUCAAUCUCACCUUCUUUCGCGGCUAGAAGUAACUGAAACUUUGCUGUGUACGUCUGAAGCUGUACUUGAGAAGUUGAAGGAUCAGAUAAAGGAUGUCGAUGCUGCACAAUCCAAGGAGGUUCCUCUGUUCUGGUGUGGUAUGGCUGAGAGCGUUCAAGUUAUGGGAACAUUUGAUGGAUGGAGUCAAGGAGAGCAUCUAUCACCAGAAUAUACGGGUUCUUUUACCAAGUUUUCAACAACAUUACUGCUGAGACCUGGAAGGUAUGAGAUCAAGUUCUUAGUGGAUGGAGAGUGGAAGCUAUCCCCAGAAUUCCCUACUGUUCGAGAAGGUUUAAUGGAAAAUAACUUGUUAAUUGUUAAGUGAAACUACAGGGUUUUCAGUUCUGAACAUGGUUCUUCUAUGUCGGGUUCAUAAUCAGCUUCUUAGUUUGUAGCAGUACUAGUAUCUUCUCAUGGUUCAAUUAAUUUAGGCUAGUUUCUUGUGACUCUGGUGUGCAUUCUCUAUAUAAUUAUAGAAUAAUACAAUUCUAAUUCUUAACUUUAAA